GGUAUAAACGUGCAAGACAUCUUAAAGCUCAAGGCUGCUGCUAUCAACACUGUUUCUGGAGUUAAUAUGACUACCCGGAGGCAGCUCCUCAAAAUCAAGGGAAUGUCAGAAGCCAAAGUGGAGAAGAUCAAGGAAGCCGCGCACAAGAUCUUGGGAUCCUCUUUUGCUACCGGACUGGAGGUGCAAGACAAGCGCAAACGUGUGCUCAUGAUCAGUACAGGAAGCAAGGCUGUUGAUACCAUUCUCGGCGGUGAGAAGCAAAACGAAUCUAUCAGAAAAACACUCUUGUACGGCGAGUACCGUACCGGGAAGACGCAACUCGCGCACACAAUGAGUGUCGUUGCGCAGUUACCACCUGAUAUGGGUGGUGCAGCCGGAAAGGUCGCUUUUAUCGACACAGAAGGGACAUUUCGGCCAGAUCGUAUCAGGGCCAUAGCUGAUCGCUUUGGAGUGAAUGGGGACAUGGCUUUGGAGAACAUUCUCUACGCGCGAGCUUUCAACAGCGAGCAUCAGAUGGAACUCAUCAAUGAGUGCUCGAUACGCUUCGCGGAAGACAAGGACUACAGACUCCUAAUCGUGGACAGUAUCAUGGCUUGUUUUCGAACGGACUACUCCGGUAGAGGAGAGCUGAGUGAGCGUCAGCAGAAGAUGCUUUCCAAGCUAAGCAAGCUGUCAGAAGAAUACAACAUCGCAAUCCUCAUGACGAAUCAAGUCCAAUCUGAUCCGGGCGCAACAAUGACGUUCGUUGCUGGUGGCGCCCUGAAGCCUAUAGGAGGUCAUAUUCUCUCGCAUGCAUCUGCGACCCGGAUGUUUCUGCGUAAAGGACGAGCGGAAGAACGUGUUGCCAAGCUGGUCGACAGUCCGGACAAGCCUGAAAGCGAAGCUUCCUACAAACUAGAUGAAGGUGGCUGGGCUGACGUCUGA